GCCCACCCACUGUUUAUAGCUCUGCUCGGUCAGAACUUCCUUCCUUCCACUGAGAGUAGUCUGUUCAUCCAGAGCACCAGGACUCACCAUGGCAGCUAAUGAUUACCGAGGCUACCUGAGGAACAACGCCGAUAUUGAGGGCGCUCAGCCCAGAUACCACUCAACUCACAGCUCGGAACCCAACUAUAGACCGCUUGUAUUCGGAACUCUGGCUGUUAUGGGAUUGCUGCAGAUUGCAUCGAGUGUGGCAAUCUUGUUACACUUGACAGGUUAUCUGCAAGAGGUAGAUCUCUCCACGCCGCCUCAGCCAAUAAUAGAGGAAGUGCAGAUAGAGCCAAUUAUUGCUGAUGCCUUGAGGGACCCGAGGAAAAGCAAACAACGCUGCAAGAACCCUGAGAGGGAGGUGCUUCCAUCAGCUCAUCUACCAAUCAAAGCGAUCAUCGACUAUGUGAAGAGUAAGCCCAUAGACACGGCCAACAAAGGGGAGUUGAGAGCAGCCAUGAUCCAUUGGGACGAGGCCCAGGGCCACCUGAAGAAGAUGCGUUACCACGAUGGCCGUCUCCUGGUGGAAGUGCCGGGCCUAUACUAUGUCUAUGCCAAAACAUGUUUCCGCUACUACGAACUGGGCCCGGAGAUGGAGCCCGGUGACAACGCCCCCGGACGUGGCCAUGCCACGCCCCUGGCGGUGGACGUCAACAACGCCCAGCUCAUCCAGUACAUCUCCCACGAGAAGCACACUUCCCUGCCCAGCAAGUCUGUGAUGCUGAUGAAGACCGGCAGCACCACACGCUGGAAUAACGCCCAGUAUAACAUGUACUGUGCUCAGCAGGGCCGGGGCGUGGUGCUAGGGCAUGGGGACGGACUGUUUGUUAAUGUGUCCAAUGCCUGGAUGCUGGACCCGGAACCCGAGGGGACGUACUUUGGGGCGAUCAAGAUGGGGAACUGACACGUUGUGGUGAUAACCUACUGAACGUUCUGUAGACGUAACUGCCAAACAACCACUGAGAGAGAGACAGCACUUGUAUGUAAGAUUACUGAAAAUUUGAGUGUGUUUUUUUUUUUUUUUUUAAAGGUUUGGUCUGUGUUGCUCUUCAACAGAUAGUGUUCCUGCCAGAUAGUGAGUUAGGAUGAAUAGUUACUCCGAUUAGGUGCUAUGGAUACCUCUGGUCUGUCACUAGGCUAUCAGAAAACUCCAGAUACAGUUCACACAUUCAUCAGACAAGACUAAACUAUGUUGCUUAUGUUCAAAAACUGCACUGGAUGCUUUUGUUUAACAUUUUAUACAGUUGAUGGUUAUCAAACACUUUAGAUUGUUGAUAGUUGUUUCAUAGAGCACUUUCCAAAAAAAAUGUCCAAUGUGCUUUUCAACCAUUGCAGUAUGGAUCCUAUUUUCUGUUUAUGAGCUGUGGACACAGUAGUUCAUCAUCUUCAGUCUGGCCCCUCAUAGUUUAGUAAACGUUGUCAUGGUCUUGAACAGACGCACAGCUGGGGUACUUGUUUAUAGCCAAGUCAUUUUCACUAGUGAAUUCUUCGCUAAUGUAGCUAUUAGAACAUUUAUACUUUUCUGUCCCUCUCAGGAAAGGAUGGAGGUUAGAGGUUGAAGGACGUUAUGUAGUCGUAAAAUCAGUAUUACGGUCCUCAACUACUAACAUUACAUACAUUUUCUGUAAUGGAAUAACCCAGCCCAUACCAGCUGUGCGUAACAAAAGUAAUAUUUCACUCUUGAUUUUUGUUAAGAAUACACAGAACAUGAGCAUAGAAGAGUUUGCUAGAGGUUAGUUGUAAAGGCGUAACUGACUCAACUAAAUACAAUUUGAGAAUGUAUUAAAUAGUUUGGGGGAGUGGCAUUCUCUCUGACAAGAUUGUCAGAGGCACACGUUUUUGAUGCAAGCCAACUCUAGCAGAGAUGCUAGCAUUGAAGAUAAUUCACAAACAAGUGUGAGGAAUGUGCAUUUUUGAGCCAUGCUCAUUGUCUAUAGGGUAAUAAAUGACUAACAAUAUACACGUUGCUAACCGAUGGUGAUGCUGUGCUGACAUUACAACAUUGUCAACGUCAGAUAUACAUUCUCACUAUGCCUACAGGAAGAAAGCUGUAUGAAAACUAUGCUUAAUGAAUGAAGUCAACACUUAUUUCAGACCAGCCUGACUGAUUGAACAAUCGUAAACUACGUUUUAUCCAGGAGAGACUUGCUGUAAUCCAUUAUCCAGAAAUGUAGGGGAUCAUUGUUGUGGUUGAAACAAAAGUCUGUUUUCCACAAUUAAUGCAGUAUAGAACUUUCCUUGCCCUGUCUUUGGUUGUUUAUACAAAUAAUGAAAAUCAUAACACACAAAGAUAGAAAGAUAGAAACUGAAGAUAGCUGGCCUGUCUUAGGGGGCAAGAGCUGUGAUUCUUGUCUUUAUGAAACUAGUGGAUCCAAGUUGACUUUGGUCCUCCUUUAAUUUAUAGCUCUUUUUUUCAUUUUACUCUUCAAUGAGGUAAAUGGGAAUAUGCACUAAAUUUAUUUAUUUAUUACAUAUAACAAUGCAGAUAUGGAGCAUUGCUUAAAUGAUCAGUCUGCUGUAAAAUCAUGUAUAUUUUUUUGUCUGUAUUACAGUAGGCAUUAAUUAGUUAUUAGUAGAUGCGCUUUUUUUCAAACACAGGGGCUCAAUGUUAAAUUCUGUAUUUAUGUAUUUUUUUUUCUCCUGACAAUUCUGUGUGCACUUGCCUUGCCCAGUCAGAGCAGAAUAUACUGUCAAUAAUAAGUUGUGGCAAACUUAGUUACAAAAAUCUUGUACAUUCUUUUUUUAAUUUUAUGUUUAUUUAUGUCAGUUUAACUAAUAAAAUCAUUACUUUUCUA